AUGGUGGUCGUCGGCCGUCCGAUUGGCUGGAGGGCUAGCGGCUACCACACCGCAAUCCCGGGCCCCCCUGCUGGCCCCGCCCCUGAACAAGAUGAGGUCCUGUGUGUGGAGGGCUCCCCUUUCUGCGCUCUGCGCUCGCGGGUCAGAGCGACCCAGGCCCUGUGUUUCCAGGGCUCUCGCUCUGCGCUGGUGGGUCAGAGCGACCCAGCCAGCCGCUGCACAGGGCUGGCCCUCUGCGCUCUGCGAGUCCGAGCGACCCUGUCAGCCACUGGCGAGGCGUGUGCCGUGGAGCGUACUAGAGUGUCUGCGAGUGUGGCGAGUGUUCUUGUUGCGCUCUGCGAGUCAGAGCGACCCAGCCGGCCGCUGCACAGAGAGGAUACUAAUAUUGUCAUCGGCGCCCAGACUCCGGGCCCCACGGCCUAUGCCGCGACACAGGCCCGCGACAUCGCGUCCGCCUUCCACCUGUUUGUCACACCGGCAAUAGAAAGGAUAAUUGUGGAAAUGACGAACCUGCACGGAGCCAGAAAAUACGGCGACGGCUGGCGACCCAUGGACGCCACGGACCUGCACGCCUACCUAGGGCUGCUGAUCCUAGCGGGCGUCUACAGGUCCCGGGGCGAGGCCGCGGCAAGCCUGUGGGACGCCGAGAGCGGCAGGACCGUGUUCCGAGCCACCAUGUCGCUCAAGGUCUUUCACAGGUACUCGAGGCUGCUGCGAUUCGACGACCGCCAGUCGAGACCCGCCAGACUCGCCACGGACAAACUCGCAGCCAUACGGGAGGUCUGGGACCUGUGGGAGGCGCGGCUGCCGGCCCUCUACAACCCGGGGCCUGACGUGACGGUGGACGAGCAACUGGUCCCGUUCAGAGGCCGCUGUCCUUUCCGUCAGUACAUCCCCAGCAAGCCGGCCAAAUACGGCAUCAAGUCGUGGGUGGCCUGCGACGCCAAGUCCAGCUACGCUUGGAAGAUGCAAGUGUACACCGGCAAGGCGGCCGGCGGAGGCCCCGAGAAGAACCAGGGGAUGCGCGUCGUCCUCGAUCUGACAACGGGCCUGAGCGGUCGCAACGUCACCUGCGACAACUUCUUCACCUCCUACGACCUGGGCCAGCGGCUCCUCGAGAGGAACCUCACCAUGGUGGGCACGGUGAGAAAGAACAAGGCCGAGCUCCCGCCCGCGCUGCUCGAGUCCAGGGGCAGACAGGUCCUGUCCUCCAGGUUCGCCUUCACGCCCACCGCCACUCUGGUGUCUUACCUGGCAAAGAGAAACAAGAACGUGCUACUCUUGAGCACGCUGCACACAGAGGGCCACAUCAGCGAUCGUCGCGACAAGAAGCCGGCCCUCAUCCUAGACUACAACUGCAACAAGGGCGGCGUGGACAACCUAGACAAGGUGGUGGGCACCUACAGCUGCAGACGGAUGACUGCCCGCUGGCCCCUGGUCGUCUUCCACAACAUCCUCGACGUGUCCUCCUACAACGCCUUUGUCAUAUGGCGAGAGAUCAAGCCUGACUGGAUGCCUGGCAAGCGGAACAAGCGCAGGGUGUUCCUCGAGCAGCUGGGAAAGGCACUCGUGAAGCCGCUGAUCCAAAGAAGGCAGCAUCUGCCCCGCACCGAAGCGGCGUCAGCCCUUGUCAAAGUCCUACAGAGUGCUACGGCGGCGCCUCCUGAUCAACAGCGCCAGGGCCCCGCCGCUGGCACGGCCGCUGCCCGCUCGUUGCCCGGCCACCACCGGGGCAAAUCAGCCCUUACCGACGUCAGAGUUCCCCGUCGCCCUGGCGACCAGCGGUUGUCACGGAGCCAGUUGGACAUGCUUCCCCCAACGACAUCCCCUCUCGAAAACCUGGUCCGGGUUAACCCCUUCUCUCUGUGGCAGGACCUGAACGGGGGCCACAUCAAGCUCUACAACACCCCCAGCAAGUCUGUCAUCUCCCUGACCUUCACGCUCCCCCAGCAGCCUGACACCUGCGCCUCUCCCCCCUUAGGGGGAACUUCUUUCUCCACGUGCCAACCCUAA